AUGUCUGCUGCUUUAUUUGCUGUAUCUAGGUCAGCAAUGGCCUUACGUACUGCUGCUACUGUAUCUGCUCCAGUGUCAAUCAAAACUACAUCUUUUUUAACCUUGGCUAGACUUUAUUCAUCAGGUAAAUUCCCACCACAUACGGUCAUCCAUAUGCCUGCCUUAUCUCCAACUAUGACUUCAGGUGGUAUUUUAGAAUGGAGUAAGAAAGUUGGUGAUGAAUUGGCCCCUGGUGAACCAAUUGCUGAAAUUGAAACUGAUAAAGCGUCAAUGGAUUUUGAAUUUCAAGAAGAAGGUUAUUUAGCCAAGAUUUUAAAAGAUGCUGGUUCUAAAGAUGUUCCAGUUGGGGAGCCAAUUGCUGUUUAUGUUGAAGAUGCUAGUGAGGUUGGUGCUUUUGACAACUUCACUGCUGCUGAUGCUGGUGAAACACCAAAACAACCAGCACCAGAAAAGGAAGAAGAAUCAUCAAAGCCAAAGGAAGAGGAAUCUAAAGAAGAACCAAAAAAGACCGAAUCUAAAUCAUCAUCUGGUUCAAAAUCCUCCACUUCUUCUGCUAAACCAUCAGGAAGAAUCUUUGCAUCGCCAUUGGCCAAGACCAUUGCUUUGGAAAAGGGUAUCUCAUUGAAACUGGUUAAAGGUACUGGUCCACAUGGUAGAAUUGUUGCCAAAGAUCUUGAAGGUCUUGAACCAGCACAAGCUGCUGCCGCCCCAGGUGCUGCUGCAACCACCACUGUUGCUCCAUCAGGUGCCACUUAUGAAGAUAUCCCAUUAACCAACAUGAGAAAGACAAUUGCCACCAGAUUAUUACAAUCAACUCAACAAUCACCAACUUACAUCAUCCAAUCACAAAUUUCAGUUUCAAAAUUAUUGAAAUUACGUGCAUCAUUAAAUGCAUCAGCUGAAGAUAGAUAUAAAUUAUCAGUAAAUGAUCUUUUAAUUAAAGCUAUUGCUGUCGCUUCAGUUAGAGUACCACAAGUAAAUGCUGCUUGGUUGGGUGACCAAGGUAUUAUCAGACAAUACAAGAAUGUUGAUGUUUCAGUUGCUGUUGCUACUCCAACUGGUUUAAUUACUCCAAUUAUUAAAGAUGCCCACAACAAGAGAUUAUCAGCCAUUUCUAACGAAGUUAAAGAUUUGGGUAAAAGAGCCAAGAUUGGUAAAUUGAACCCAGAAGAAUAUCAAGGUGGUACCAUUUGUAUUUCCAACUUGGGUAUGAAUCAUGCUGUUACUGCCUUUACUUCGAUUAUCAACCCACCACAAUCAGCAAUUGUUGCUAUUGGAACAACUGAAAAGAAAGCAGUACCUAGUGAUGUUAAUGAACAAGGUUUCGUCUUUGAUGAUGUCUUGACUAUUACUGGUACUUUUGAUCAUAGAGUUGUUGAUGGUGCUCUUGGAGGUGAAUGGAUUAAAGAAUUAAAGAGAAUUGUUGAAAACCCAUUGGAAAUGUUGGUUUAG